AUGUUCGUCUUCCGUCUCAUCGCUUGUCCUGCGGAAUUGAACAUCAGGCGAUGGAUGAACUCAAUGUGGGGUUCUCUUGCUGUGCAGCGGUCCAGAGCAUACUGGACAUUGGGCACUUGCGACAGUUUGACGCCACGGCCCUGCAGUCCGAGAGAGCCAGUGCUGAGUCUGCGCGUCGCUAGGGCAGUAGCGAUUUCGAAGACGCGUGUCUUCGUUUUUCGACGCUUGCGGCGGGGUGAAUAUGUGUCAGGGUCGUGCUCUUGCGUGGGUUGGGCGGGGGAAGAUGGGGGUUCGGUGAAGGGGGAUUUACAAUGUAGCGGGGAAGACCUAGGCGGGGAGGCGCGCGAAGACGGCGACAGACUGCCCAACUCGUGCGAGGACUCGCCGGCGCCGGAGGGCGGGGCGGUAGCGGGGGCUGGGGAGUGUGCAAAGGGCGCGGCAGGCGGCGAGCGGGGAGCGGGGGCGGCGGGGAGGAAGGGACUCUGCAUUUUGGAGGUGGUGCGUACGGUGUGGACGCUGGAGGAGGGGUGGAGGGUUGGGGGGUGGGGCGGGGGGUAG